CGGGGCCUGCGCGGGCUGGGACCGGCGCGGCCGCGGCCAUGGCGGGGGGCCGCAAGGUGGAGCUGGCCGAGGCGCUGGCCAUGGGGCCGGGCUGGCGGCACGCCUGCCACGCGCUGCUCUACGCGCCCGACCCGAGGCUGCUGUUCGGCCGCUUCCCGCUGCGCUACGCCGUGCUGAUGCAGAUGCGCUUCGACGGGCGGCUGGGCUUCCCGGGCGGCUUCGUGGAGGCGCGGGACGGCAGCCUGGAGGACGGGCUGAACCGCGAGCUGCGCGAGGAGCUGGGCGAGGCGGCCGCCGCCUUCCGCGUGGAGCGCGCCGACCACCGCGGGGCGCGGCUGGGGCCCCGGCCGGGGCUGCUCGCGCACUUCUACGCCAAGCGCCUGACGCCCGAGCAGCUGCGCGCCGUGGAGGCGGGCGCCGCGCGGGCGCGCGACCACGGGCUGGAGGUGCUGGGCCUUGUGCGUGUACCCCUGUAUACGCUGCAGGACGGCGUGGGCGGCCUGCCUGCCUUCCUGGAGAAUUCUUUUAUCGGCGCAGCGCGGGAGCAGCUACUAGAAGCCCUGGAAGACCUGGAACUCUUGGAACCUGACGCCAUCUCAUACCUCAAGACCCGAACUCCUCCUCAGUAGAAGAAAUCUUCCGCAGACAAGGAACCUGAGAUCAGGACUUUGGUACUUUGGAGGGAGGGAGGGAGAGAAAAAGGGAAAGGGGGAAGAUUUUUCUCUUGGGGGCCUGUGGGAUGAUGGAUCAUCACUUUUUGAGGGAAGGGGGAAUAGGUUUUGAGUUGAGGUCCAACCAGAACAUGGGCUCCGUGACGUCGGGACAAAAAUCUACAGCUCAUCCCAGGCCUCGGAAGUUUUCUGAGUCAGCCUCGUGUACACACUACCUGGCAGCCUCAGGCAUGCGCAAUACAACCACACACGCACACAGCCUGACACUUCCCCUCACUGUGUCCAAAGUAACCAGGAUGUGGGAUUGUGAUGAUCCUGGUUUUCUGGAGCAAUGGGAGUCUCCCCCCACCCCCCCACCAGCCCCAAGCUUGUUCGGAUUGAGCCCAGGAACAGGCUCCCCCACGUGGGAGGCCCCAGUCAUUUUCUUCCUCUGCAGUUAAGCUUACAGGGACCAGAGGUGGCUGCGUUCCUACCUGGAAGCCUCUUGAGUCCUAGUGCCUCUGCCCCAGGGCUUCAUCUCUGAGCUGCCCUGGUUGCUGGGGAAGCAGCCCUACCGGCUCUGCCUGGCCGCCCACCCACAAGGGCCUCCCAAUGUAGAAGCUUCCGAAGCUGGGCUUCCGCCCCUCCCCUUCUCUCAACUGAUACGCCUUAUACAUCUCCUAAUGCUCCCUGGCCAGAGCUUAGCCAGGCCCCUUGCUUUCCAUAGGCUUCGGAGCAGGUGGUGGGCACAUCGCUUCUUAAAGAUCUGGACAAGAAAUAUUUCAGACUGUGGAGGCCACAUAGCUUCGGUGCAAACCCUUAACUCUGACAUGUCAAAAUUUACCCGCACAAUACAUAAGUCUGUGCCUUGUGUCCAACAAAACAGGAAUACGGCCUUUGGGCCAUAGUUUACUAAACGCUACUCUUGAGAGGAAGAGGGUAAUAAUAUUGGUGAUGCCACCUUACUUGAACGUGUUCCCAGGAAAUAAACGAGGAGCUGAUACA